AUGUCGGAUCUCUUCAGUCUCACAAAGUCGUAUGCGAUAGAGCGGUACAAUUCUGGCUUGCUGUCCCAGAACCACGAGUUCCUCCAAUACUGGCGUCGUCAUACCUUGGGCUUGCUUUCCGGCUUCGGAUUCCGUCCGGGUGCUGAAUCAGAGGCAAUUCAAAUUUCUGGGCUCUUUGAGCUGAUCUCUCAAGUGGAAUUGAUCUUCCAGCAAAACAUUCAAGCAGCCCAAGAGUCUAUCGCGAGUGGAAUGAUUACCUUUGCUGGAUUGGGAGAACUGUUUAAGCCAGAUAUGCCCGUGAAAUGUACGGCUAUCCCUGGAUCUCCUCCAUGUGUAUACCGCGUGGCAGAUUGCUUCUAUGAAGAGCGCCGUACACUCUUUGGAUCACAGAAACACUUUCAUGUCACUAUGGAGGUCGUUGUUCUAGUGGGCGACCACUUCUCUGUGGCCACAUUCUCAGAAGUCCUACCCCCUUGGAGCGGAGUGCAUCGCCGCAGUCUCGCUGACUUUGGCUACCAACCUAUCGCUGAGAUCGAACGGCAAAAGUUUCAAGCACGCGGUGAACAAGCCGUCAAUCACGGACUUGGUGGUGCAAAGUACCUAAGCUAUGGAGCCAACACCUUCUAUGUCCAUACGAGUCGAUUCAGACGAGAUGUCACUGGGAUGGCACAAGCUACGAACAGCGCACUAUCUCUGACAGGAGGACGCAUUAUGAUUGACAUGGCCCGAGGCUCGUCGCUAGGACAUUACCCUUGUCAAGGAGUCGAUGAGGCUACUUUGUCUAUCAUACAGCUUGCAGGGCGCUAUAGGCAGUGGCUUUCUAAACGGUCCCGCUUCGACACUCUGGAGACCGAUCAGCUGGUCUUGUGGGAUGCUGUGCCCAGAGAAUUUGUCAUCUUUUGCUGGCCCGCCCUUGUCGGCUUCAGUUUUACCACUAAGGCAUGGGGUCAUGUUCUAGUUGACGGUCUAUCGCCAAUUGAGUUCCAGGACCAAGCCUUUGAUCACUUGGUGCUCAAGCAGGAGCGGAAGGACCUCAUUCGCGCGGUGGUUCGCCAUGGAACAGCCCUUCAAACACCUGAUGUUAUUGGAGGAAAGCAAGGCGGGCAGAUAUUUCUCCUACACGGGCCUCCAGGAGUCGGGAAGACUCUGACGGCUGAGGCCAUUGCAGAGGUUCUCCAUCGUCCACUUUACUACGUCACCAUGGGUGAACUUGGUGUGACACCGGAAGAUCUAGAGCGAAGAUUGUCGGACGUUCUUGAACUGUGUGCUGAAUGGGAUGCGUUGGCCGUGCUUGAUGAGGCUGACGUCUUUCUGGAGACCCGCAGCACUUCUGACCUGAUCCGUAACGCGAUGGUCUGCGUUAUGCUCCGCAUUCUCGAGUACCACCCUGGAAUAUUGUUUCUCACUACUAACCGAGUUCGAACAAUUGACCCGGCCUUUGAGAGUCGUAUCACUGUAUGCCUUCGUUACGAAGCGCUUGAUCAUGAUGCUCGGAUGAAAAUAUGGAAAAGUCAAGUCGAAAGACUUCCUACUCAUGGGUCACCGGAUUUCGACUAUUCCAGACUCGCAGAACAGCCACUGAAUGGAAGGCAAAUCAAGAAUGCGGUCCGACUGGCGCGUAGUCUUGCUGCGGAAAAGAAAAGUCCACUGACAGAAUCCAUCUUGCUCACCACAGUGGACGUCAUUUCUAUUGGACGCCAAAACAUGUUGGCGGAUGAUACAUGGGAAACACAUGUAUAA